AUGGUGCUGGUGGGCUUCUACCUGCCUCCAGAGUCUGGAGAGAGGAUGCAGCUUGGAAUUACUGUCUUGUUGGCUAUGAUAGUGUUCCUUCAGCUCGUAUACCAAAAUCUUCCAUCGACUUCAAAUAGCGCUCCCCUUUUAGGAAAGUUCUACAUCGUCACAAUGUUUCUGAUCGCUCUUUCGCUGGCUGCCACUUGUCUUGUGUUAAACUACUCCUACGGCCGCCAUUGCGAUGGUGAAAUGCCCAUGUGGGUUCGAAUGAUCAUUCUGCACUGUCUUGGUCGAGUUUUUGGAUCAUCCAACAAUUCUGGAAAAAGAAGGCGAACGUCAAUGAGUGGAAGAACGAACGAAUGGAAGAUUGCUGCCAGUAUUCUGGAUAAGUUCUUUAUGGCUUUCUUUGCAUUCAUAAUUACUGUGGUGGCAUUGUAUUUCUUUUACCAAGCCCCACACUAGUACGAAAUCAGUGUAACACAGGCCAUGUAGUCAUUCAAAACCUACUGCAAAAUACAAAGACUUUUAUGUUCCGUUUUUGUUUUAUUUUGUUUUUUUGUUUUGAGAAGUGUUUUUUUUUUCUGUUUUUUCUUUUCUUGAGAAACUUGCGUUCUCCAGUGCUAAAAUCAAGGAAGAUUUCCCUUUGUCUAGCUGGCAUGCAGCAUUUAUGAGCGAGAGGAGGCCUGCAAAAUGAACAACACGCCUACUCAGACAGUGAUAAAGUAGGGAAACAAAGUGAAAAAUAAAAUUAUGCAAAACUCAAGAUGAUGCAGGAUGAAUAAAUUGCUCAAAUGGACUCUUUCUGGUCGACAAACUCAGGUCAUCUCCUGACCCUAUGGGAGAAAUUUUUUAGACUGCGAAUAUUUAAACAAUCCACCCUCCCUCUCCCCCCCCCUAGCUGCAAAGUAGCAUCCUUGCGAUGUCGGACAGACCUUACGAGAGAGAAUUUUUUUUGCCAAUCACCACAAUAUAUAUAUCUAGAGUGCCAUUUUUAUCUCCCAUUGCGCCUCUUUUAAAAGCAGCCAAAACGAGGAAAGUGAUUAGUAAUGCUAAUGGAACUGAGUGGAAAGCAAAUUGAUUUGAAAUCCGGCAUACGCGUGAAUUUAAAAUCGAACGAGAGCGCAGCAAGUUCGCUUUGAAAUCACAAGUUUUGCAGCUGAGAUAAUGCAAUAAUUUUCCCAAGCCUUGCAACACAUGUGUUGACUGUCAUUUAAUUAUGAAUCAAUCCAAUUUUCAAUCGCUGAAUGUUUGGUUGUUGUGCAACUGAGCUAGCGCAAAAAUUUCCCAUGCGUUUCAAUACUCGUGUUGACCUUCAUUUGAUGAAAGUUUAAUCAUCUUUCAAUACAUAGCAUAUGUUUCUGCCGAGCAACUGAAUAAUCAACAAGAAUUUCCCAAGCUUUUCAAUACAUUCUUUAAACUUCGGUGGAUUAAAUUUUGAUUCUAUUUUAACAUUUCUGUACGAGUCGCGCAAAAUCCUCGCUAGGCGGUAUGAACGGGAUGAUAUCAUGUCGCAGGAAAUAAUAACAGUAAUAUGUUUAUUUUGGCUGAACGGAGUAAACUAUUGGUAGAAUGGAUGGCUUUGAUCCCUUCAGAAAACACCUAUGAAAAAUAAGUAAGAGAAAACUACAUUGAGCCUCGUUUUAAUUCUUAUCAGAAUCACGCUUGUCACGAAUAAAGCGAUAUGUGCGCGAACUUUGUGUGAAAUAUACUAGAAAAAAACCUAUUGUGGUAGUUGUAAGCUAUUUGUAUCUAGAUGUCCAAGUUAUUUUUAAAUGAGAAGAUAGGUUUUGCAUGUGGGUAGUGCGCGUUUGUUUUCUAGCAACUGAGUAAACAAAAAAAUUUCUCAAGCUUUUUAAACCUCUGUUUAGUUUUGUUUCAUUCUUAGUUAUCUUAAUUAUUGGUCCCCUGGUAUAAAUAUAAAUUAGGCCGUGAAGGAAAACUACGACUGAUGCAGUAUUUACCGUCACCGUCAAAAAGAAGCCCGUGAAGAAAACUCUGUGCACUUCUGUGAGGUAAUAGCUCAAUUCAAACGUAGAGUUUUCCAAAAGCCAUCUUAAUAGUUUAUUAAUUUUUCGCAUGGUACUAGUCAACUAAUGUAUGUCUAAAGAAGGUUGAAUAUAUCCGCACCCAUAUAAACCUUACAAUCUCCUUGCUGAUGUUGUAACUUUUCUUAAGCGUUUACUUCCACUGGGCUCGUCCAUACACCUCGUGUGUAGAAAAGCACGAGCCCAUGUAAACGCAGAAAGAGUUCUCUCUGACUAAAAUGAAAUAUUCCUCAAAAACAGCCCAGAUUGAAGGAGUUAAACCUUGUUUGCAACCAAGUAUAUCUAUUGACCAAUGAGAGCGCGUCUGGCUUCUCGCUUAUUUGAGAAAUGGUCAUGUAUUGUGUUCAACUGGUCUCUGGAAAAAAUUAAUCCCCCUCGAAAAAGCACAGGAGCUACGAAAGCCAAAGAUCUACAAGACUUUCCUCCCUCUGCGGGUGGUUGACUAUUUUUAACCAACUUAAUUGCCUCUAAUUGUUGUUUUUUUUUAACUGAUCCAAGGGAACUCACCGAACAAAAGAUGUCCCGAUUCUUGGUUCUGCUUCCAUCGCUUUUCCCGCUGUUUAUGGUGUCUGUGGUUCGUGGACGAGGUGGGUCCUCAAACAGUUUUUCUAUUCUCUGUUAUUAGGCUAAAUUAAAUGUGGUUUUAUCGAGAAACAAACGCAGAAAAAAAUUCCGUUUGUCUGCAUUGUCCAAAAUUUGAUGCAAGUAUCAAGGUUUACUUCCCUAGAAAAAGAAAAUAGAGAUACUUUCUUUGAAAAAUAUUGAUAUUGUGUGCAAACUCGAAUUCAAUUCGAAUUCGAAUUCGAAUUCGAAUUCAAACUCGCGAAUAAAAAGCAAAGAAAUGCCCGAAACAAAAGCUUCAUUUUCUGGUUCAAUGCUCUUUGAGUUUUCUUUUUCAGAUGAGCCACUUUCGCCUGAAAAGUAUCAAAGUAGGUUCGGGCUGGGUUUUCCACAAACUGGUUUAAGACAGAGAAACCAAUGGAAAAGUACUCUGAGCAGAACAUCAAAGAUGUCCACAAAAAAGGGUUUAGUAACUUACGAAUUCGAUGUAGAGCAGAUCAAAUUUAAUACUUUUUCCUAAAGGUUUUUAGUUUUAAUACUGAAUCUAAAAGUGAAAUGUGCAGUGAGAUUCGGUCGAAUUGUGGCUCAUAAAAAACUCCUCUUUUUUUCAUGACAAUUAGAAAACAAAUUGCUCAAAUUAUUAUUCAUUUAUGAAUGAACGACAGCCGAAUUCACAGGAAUAGGGGCACACUUCUUUUCUUACCACAAAGCUUGCGUUUUCCUUAUCCAAAUUGAAGAAAGCCUAAUGGUAAUGAUAUUUUUUGUGCCUUCAUUGUUCAGGCAAAACCUUCUCUUGAGCUUCAUCGUGAUUUCAGCUUGGAUUCCUUGUAUCACCGCGCUCAUUGAUUCGGUCGCACUCGCCGGUUUUUCGCCGGUUGUUCGCCGGUUGUUCGCGCUUUUUGACCGGUUUAUUGAGAAUCAGCGAAUUGAUUUUCAAAGUAAGUGAUAAAUGUCUAGGUCGCUCUCCUAAACCUAAUAAACGGUUAUGCCAUAACAGCCAUAGAGCACAUCUUCGAAGGUUUUAAAUCGGUGCCAACCCACUUUAGAUGCUAAAAGAACACUCGAAAGUUAAAAAAGCACCCGCCCCACGGCUAAUGAGUUUUGGUUUAUCACGUUAUAGAACCAAGGAAAAUGCGUUCGUUUGAUUCAUUUCUCGCUCAAGAUUAGUCAAUGUAAAAACAGGUUAUGGCGAGUAAUAAGGAAAUUACCUGUUUUACCCUCUCGUAAUUCAAGCUUUUCAAAUUAGAUAAUACACGAUAAUUUCUGAAAUGCUAAAAAUAAUCAAGCUUAGUUUGUUUGCCGCAGUUAUUAUUGAAAAUGCCGGUAAAUUCAGAUAACUCAUUGGAACAUUUUUAGUCUAAAAGAAAUGUUUUUUUUUUUUUCUGUCGUGUCACAAGUGUGUGACAAAAAGAAAUUCCAAAUCUUUAAGGAGUCAAACCUUAUACCGACGGAUUCCGCACCCUGAUGCGUAAGACCAGAUUUUUAAAGCAAAUUGAGUGUUUUUGUCUGGUUUGGGGUAUUUUUAAAAAUUGAAAUUGUUUUUUAAACGACGUUUCGAUGUGUAUCUCUUGUCUUCUCAAGGUAUUGUAUUAAAAAUCAAUAUUGGGGAUCGUUGUUUUUGCUUGGUGAAUGAACUCUGAGGCAUACGAACAUACAAUAACAUUCUAUCUAAAGCUGUCGGUCGAUUCAAUUUUUUUGCAGUAGUGAACGUGAAUAAUCCGAUUUCCCCGAAAGAGUACCAAGCUAAGAUUCGAGGAGGAUUUUCCACAAAUUGGUUCAAAUCGAAGCCACCACUGAAAAAGUACUCGGAACAGAACAUCAUAGACGUCCAUGAGAAAGGCUUUAGUAACUUAAGGCUUCGAUGCAGGGCAGAUCUGUACUCAUACGACUUCUCCACCGUCGAAUUCAAACGGUUUCUUGGCUCUCUGACGACUGUUGUCGACGAUUGUCUGAAACACGAUUUGAUUCCAAUUAUCUCCUGGAUACACCACCACGCAGAAGCCUACGCUACAGAGAAGGAUCGUGUCGCCUAUGUUGGUUGGUGGACAGCUGUGGCACGCCAGUUAAAGGACAGGGAUUACAGACUGAGUUUCAAUCUCUUCACAGAACUUGGAAUUGACACUUGUAAAGAGGAAGGGAAAAGUUGCGACAAAAGUCUUCGCAGGAGAACAGACAAAUACAACGAGUGGACAAAAGAUGUAACAAAAGCGAUUCGAGGUACGGGUGGAAAUAACACAAAGCGAAUACUCAUUCUUGGGUCACCAGGAAAAACUGCCAAGGACUUACCUAAAAUCGAUUCAGAAAUUUACAAAAAUGAUCGAUAUAUGAUGGUUGAAUGGCAUCUUUAUGCUUCAGGGCCAAACAAAGAGAAGGAUUCUCAAAAGUAUUGGAGUGGUGAUGGUAAAUCUGGAGGCCAAGCAAAUGUCGAAGAAGCAAUUAGCUACGCGACGAGUUUUUCGAACAAGACUGGUCUGCUGACCUAUCUUGGUGCUUGGAUGCCUCACGAUAACGCAAACGGAGGCAUAACAGAAACAGAAGCCAUAAAAUUUGCCCGUUUCUUUGUUAAGGAGCUGCGUAAGGAGAACAUACCAUGGUCCCUGAACGUUCUGGACAAC